UAAUAGUUAAAAUUAUGAACAUAAUGAUAGGUGCAGACUAGGAUAUACUUAAUCUCAUUCUUCAUUUUUUCACUCGAUGAAAAAGAAUUAUAUAUCUUUAAAACAAAAAAGUAUGCAUAAUCUCUCUAAUUAGGUACUUAGAGUAUCUAACUAUAGUACUUAACGAAAAUAAAAACGUUGUCGGUUAAAUUAACAGUAGGGAUUUGGAUAUCCAGCUCCCUUGCUUGCUUAUGGUGAUCAGCAUGAACGAGAUCAAUAUUACAUGUACGACUCUCCAUGCUUCUUCAAUUCUCUUCUCUAACCUAAAUUUCCCUUUCAUUUCUGGAUCUACUACUACUACUACUACUACUUCUUCUUCUAGCUCAUUCUCCCAUUUUCAAGCCGGGUAUUGUCCCUCUCGACUGGAGCUCACAAUCAAAUCAGUAUCAAUUAUCUGAAGGAAGUAAGUCGAGCAACUUAACACUUUACAAAUGGGGGAAGUGGCAGCUGAGAAACACGUGAAGUACACCAUAUUUUUGGAAAAGAUAUUGUUGGUUUGCAAAAUGAAGAUGGUUCCUUCUCAAGAGACGUUUGGGAUGAAGUAGAUUCAAGGUUUUCUUAUAUUGCAAUAUCUCAUCUAUCGUUAUUACAUCAACUGGAGAAGAUCAAUGUUGAGAAGGCUUUCGAACUACAUUCUUAGGUGCAAAAAUAUGGAUGGGGGAUUUGGAUGCACUCCUGGUUCUGCUGUGAUGUCAGUUUUCUGUUGUGUUGGCUCGCUUGCUAUAAUGGGUUCUCUACAACAUAUUGACAAGGAUCUCCUUGGCUUGUGGUUAUGUGAGCGGCAAAUCAAAUCUGGAGGUCCUCGUGGUCGACCCGAGAAACUUCCUGAAUGUGGUUUCGAACUCCUAUUACAUACUCUAACCAAUUCUUGGCUUGGAAGUUAUUCAUACUCUCCCACUCACCAACUUCAUUGUGUUGCUUCAGUUUUGCUACUCACGGACACAGAAAAUGGUGGUAUUUCAGACAGAUCGGAUGGUGCUGUUGAUGUCUACCACACAUACCACACAUGCUUGAACAGAAUUUUCUUGAGCAAAAAAAUAUGCAGAGAAAUCCAGAAGAGUGUGUAUGGGAAGGGAACAGAACAUCCAUUAAUGGGCGUUAAUUUGGUGUGAAGUCAGGGCAAUAAACAAUAAAUAGGCAGAGCUGAUCCGAGCGGAUAAGCUCCUGAAAGAGGUGUGUCCACUGAUUUUGAGAGUGCCAUCAUCAUUAACCAUUGUAAGUCAUCAUCCCUUCUCCAUGCCCAUGCCUGUACUUACUCUCUCCUGCUUUACGCCACCAUCCCCUCCCCCUCCCCCUCCCCAUUCUGUCUUCUUUAACCUGACACUACUCUCUCUUUCACUUUCAUUUCUAUCACUCCUCACCCUCUUCUUUUUCUGCCAAUGUUCAUCGCUACUCCAUUUACUAUUCACUCACUCCUCUCAAAAGAUUA